GCCAGGGGGCGGAGCGGGCCAGACAGGUGCGAUGUUCACAAGCAAGCUCUUCACACUGGUGCUGGUGGUGCAGCCCCAGCGGGUGCUGCUGGGCAUGAAGAAACGUGGAUUCGGGGCUGGGCGCUGGAAUGGAUUCGGGGGCAAAGUGCAAGCGGGUGAGACCAUAGAGCAGGCAGCCCACAGGGAGCUGCUGGAAGAGAGCGGAUUGACCGUAGACAACUUGCAGAAGAUAGGUCAGAUCACCUUCGAGUUUGUAGGUAACUCUGAGCUCAUGGAAGUCCACAUCUUCCGGACAGACAGCUUUCAUGGAGAGCCAACAGAAAGUGAUGAAAUGCGUCCGCAGUGGUUUCAACUGGAUCAGGUGCCUUUCAGUCACAUGUGGCCAGAUGAUGUCUACUGGUUCCCCCUACUGCUCCAAAAGAAGUCGUUCCAGGGCUAUUUUAAGUUCCAGGGGCUAGACACUAUUCUGGAGCACACGCUGAGACAAGUGGAGGAGGUUUAAGAGGAAACAGCAGCAUUC